AUGAGUAAAUCGGGAGAGUGGGGUACCAGGAGGAUGAAGGGGACCACUGGGGGUGCGACGGGGACCCACGAUUCUCACAGCCCUACCACAGUGGGGGCCCAAGCGGUGGAAGAAAUGCCGGUUAUUUCCGGGGUGGGGAGGAAGAGGAUGAUAUGGUGUUUCGAGCUCGGCCUCCCACCAUUGAGUUUCCAAAAUUCAAUGGUCCUGAGGACGCAGGACUGUGGCUAUACUCAGCUGAACGGUGGUUCAAGAACCACCCCACUAGGGAAGAACGGAAGGCUCAACUAG